AUGGAUGUGGAUGAGACCUCCCAGUCCCGGAUGUCCCUUGAUCCAUUAGAUGAUAUAUACCUUGGGCCGGAUGAUGAGUUAGACUCUGAUUCUGGGUCAUCCGGUGGUCUGGAUUCGUUAAAUGCGAUUCCCGGUAUGUUUCUCAAUUCAAAUAUGGACUGGCCCUGUACGAUGACCCAGGACUUAUAUCUUGGUCCGGAGGAUACCUUUAUUUCGUCUGAUGAUGCUCCGGCUGUACCCGAUUUUCCUAUGGCUGUGAAUGAAUCGACUCCCGAACCUCAUCCGGCCACUCCGGCUGUACCAGAGGCACCCAUACCUUGUACGUGUAUUCAUAUCAUGUCAUGUGUUCUAUUCAUGUUAUCUCCCAAGCGAAUUCAGAAACUCCCGAACGUCAAUUCGCCCGAGCCCGAACUCAACAAUGAAGAACUGCGUGCCAUGGUUCAGGAGUUCAUGCCAAUCGGAUCUUAUGAUCAAGCUGAAAUUCAAACAAUUGUAGAUCGCCUGGGUGAUUACGAACAGAGUCAUGGAAAUCUUCCUGCCCCUACAGUAGCACAACUUCUUGAGGCUGACAGACCAUUCAGGAUGGCAUGGGCGGAAACAUGCGACAAACUGCGGAAAGCAGAUGCUGACCUCCGGAGGAUGCAACGGGUAAGGGAGUCAACCUCCGAAAUGCUGAAGGUAUUAGAUACCCUCAUUGAGUUCUUUGAGGACUCAAGUAACAUGUAA